ACUAAACAAUGAUUCAUCAAAUCAUUUAUAUUCGGUAAAGAUAAAGAUGAUGAAUGUACUAUUCAUUUUCAUGUGUUCGGUAUCCUUUGUUACUAGCCAUCAAUUUGAUAAUAAGCAAAACACAUUGAAAGAAGAUUUAGAAAUAGAGAGAGAGCUAAAAUUGCUUAAUAAGGCUCCUGUCAAGAGUAUUUAUACAAAAUUUGGAUACAUAAUUGAUUGCAUCGGUAUUAAUAAUCAACCAGCUUUUAAUCAUCCUUUGCUUAUGAAUCAUAAGUUACAGGAAAAACCUAGCUUUCGAACAAAAAAAAGAAAAAAUAGUGUGAAGAGUUCAUCAACUAAGGCUCUAUCCGGUCUUCAAAAAGCUCAAUGUCCAACUGGAACGGUUCCUAUUAAGAGAACAACAAAGGAUGAUUUAAUUCGAGGAAAAUCAUAUUUUAAUAAUGGUUUGGUUGGAAAUCUUCAUGGUAAUCAUUAUGCAGAAGUCAUCACAUUAGAAGAUGAUGAAAAGAGUUAUUAUGGAGUUGCUGGAACAAAUAGUGUUUAUAAUUUUAAGGUAAACAAAGAUCAAUCAAGUUCCUCUGUGAUGUUUGUUCGAGAUGGACCUGAGAGCAUAAAUUAUAUCGGUAUGGGAUGGCAUGUGGCUCCACAAUUAUACAACGACGAUGAAACUCAUUUUUAUGUCGUAUGGACGACAGACAACUUCAAGAAUACAGGAUGCUUCAAUUUACUAUGUCCAGGAUUUGUUCAAACUAGCCAAACAAAUUACCUUGGUGGUCAAUUUUCGAAUACAUCAAUCCAUGGUGGACCUAUUAUAGCAAUAACAAUGUCUAUUAGUCAGGAUCCUAAAACAAAAAAUUGGUGGAUAAGUAAUGAAUAUGAAAAUCUUGGAUAUUUUCCCCCGUCUUUGUUCUCAAACUUGUAUUCUGCUGGUCAAGUAGGAUGGGGUGGUAGAACAUCAACUUCUCCGGGUGCUCCUAGUCCUCCAAUGGGUUCUGGAUUAUUCCCUGAUAAUAAUUAUUAUCAUGCAGCAUAUUUUAUAAAUGUUUCACAUCAGAAUGACUCCACAACAAGUUAUGGACCCGAAUGGUAUUUAACAGAGUCAUAUUUCGAUAAACCUGAUUGCUUUUCUGCUGAAUACUAUGGAAAACAAGAUCGAGAGGUUGGAUUUUCUCUCCAAUAUGGAGGGAUAGGGGGUAAUUGUGGUGAUUAA